CUCUCUCUCUCUCUCUCUCUCUCUCGCCUGUCUUCAUGUCGUGGAUUGAUGAACGCGAAUCGCGUGUAAGCGCCGCCACCGCCGGGAGUCUGAGGAAUUCGCCUGGGCUGUUAAAGGAAAGAGCUAAGUGCGGGAGCGCGAGCUCUACCUACCGACAGUGAAGAGCGCCGCCGCCGCCGCCGCCGCCGCCCGCCCGCCGCCCGCGCCCAGCCCGGAGCUGCGCUGAGCCGGCGGCUCUGCACCCAGGCGCCCCCCACCCGCCCACCCAGCCCCAGCCCAGCCCCGGGGAGCCGGCCGGCCCGGGGUUCGCUCCGGGGGGAGGGGAGUUUCGGGGUCCUGGGCGGGGGAGCCGUGAGCCAGCGGGGAGGGGGCCGCGGGUUUUCAUGUGCCCAGCAUGAGCUCCUACUUCGUCAACCCCCUGUUCUCCAAAUACAAAGGCGGCGAGUCCCUGGAGCCGGCCUAUUACGACUGCCGGUUCCCCCAGAGCGUGGGCAGGAGCCAUGCGCUGGUGUACGGGCCCGGCGGCUCGGCGCCCGGCUUCCAGCACGCCUCGCACCACGUCCAAGACUUCUUCCACCACGGCACCUCGGGCAUCUCCAACUCGGGCUACCAGCAGAACCCGUGCUCGCUGAGCUGCCACGGAGACGCCUCCAAAUUCUAUGGCUACGAGGCGCUCCCCAGACAGUCCCUUUAUGGGGCUCAGCAAGAAGCGAGCGUGGUGCAAUAUCCCGACUGUAAAUCCUCCGCCAACACUAACAGUAGCGAAGGACAAGGCCACUUAAAUCAAAACUCGUCUCCCAGCCUCAUGUUUCCAUGGAUGAGACCCCACGCUCCGGGGCGGCGCAGCGGAAGGCAGACUUACAGCCGGUAUCAGACCUUGGAACUAGAAAAGGAGUUUCUCUUUAAUCCUUAUUUGACACGAAAGCGCCGGAUUGAAGUCUCUCACGCCCUGGGACUGACUGAGAGACAAGUGAAGAUCUGGUUCCAGAACCGAAGGAUGAAGUGGAAAAAGGAAAACAACAAGGAUAAACUGCCCGGAGCCCGAGAUGAGGAGAAGGUGGAGGAAGAAGGAAAUGAGGAAGAGGAGAAAGAAGAGGAGGAAAAGGAAGAAAACAAGGACUAAGCAAAAAAGAGAGCCCCCCCCCCCCCUUUAGCAACUCCCUUGAAGUUUCGUUUUAUGGUAGCAGAUAAAUUGAGAAGUUUACGACUGUCAUUUGCUUUUAUAGAGAAUAGAAUGACGCUCACAACUCUACCUACCUGUCAGAUACUGCAGCUCUGGUUUUAUUACCUUUGGACUUCCCCCAUCUUUAUUUGUUUGGGGGCUGGAGGGGGGAGACCGAGACGCAGCAGAAAGUUCGGAGUCUCUGUCUCAGUCGUUGCCCCACCACACACACUUGUCCCUACCCCCACCCUCAAAGUCCUGCCUGGAUUUUAAGGGCCGAAACCUGGCCUGUUUGCCCCUCUCUCGGCCCCUUCUUGCCACACUCCCACCUCCCUGCCUGUCUGGUAUUUAUUUUAGAGGGGAGCCCCCUCAACAUGCGGAAGAAGACUCAUGGCUUUGUUUUUAUGCUAGGGUUAGUGUAUGAGAUUGACUAUUUUUCAAAAGAAAGGGAAGAAAAAGUGAAGAAAGGAAGGAAAUGAAAGGGAAAAUGUUUAAAGAAAUUAAAAAAUGGUAGCAAGGAAUAUUCCAUCUCCCUGCCUGGGGCUCCCCCCUCAGACAGAUUCCCUUGACUUCCUCUAGAAACCUGAUGGAAACCUGAAGGGGUUGUGGGUCUCUCCCCUCCCUGUGUUCCAUGAGGUAGAUGGGAGCCUGCAGUUGCCGAGAAAAUGCUACCUAGCCAUCCCCUGGUCACUGGGGCCCAUGCCUUCCUCCCCUUUGCUGUCUGAUUUCUGUCGUUGGGCCCAGCUUCCUCUGAGCUGCAUCAGUGCUGUCGCUCAGAACUCACCAUAAUCAUGAAAAUAAUAAUAAUAAUAAUAAUAAUAAAUCUUUAACAUACUACCUAAAGGGAACCUGCAAUAAUCUUGAAAAAAAAUAAAGAAGAGAGAAAUUUUUAAAAAUCCUAAUAUGGGAGAAAAAAAGAGAAAAAGCUUAAAAUAAAAAAAAAGAAAGAAACCUCCAACGUAUUUUAUCACUACCUAUAGAAAGAAAUCCUGCUUUGAGAGUAUUCGUAAUGCGGUUUUGUUGUCGUUUGUUGCUGCUUAUUUCACUAAGAAAAACCCAACAACUGAGACUGCCUAGCCCGCCGGUCCUGUGCGCUUUUAUUGUGCUUCUAACCCCAGUAGAGUAGAACUAAAUUGCACUGAAUGUAUAGUUAACUCUGUCUUGAAUUCUCUGUUUAUGCAAUGUGCUCGAAAGAAAAAAACGUUAAAAAUAUAUCUAUAAUAAUAAUUUUUGGUCAUUUGUCUUUAUGUCCAGCUAUGAAUGUAGAUUUUGUGUCCCGGCAGCCCUGUUCCUGGUCCAAGUACUUUGUAUUGUAUACGUGAGUCAUAAUAAAAAAG